CAUCAGCAACAACAUGGAAACUUGAAGGAACAUGUUCCGGAACUUUACAUUCUGUCACUCACCACAAACAAAACCUAAUAUUGUCCACUGAGACCUCCAGUGUUUGGUAGCAGAGAUUUAAAUGGGACACAUAUCCUCUGCAGAGUACAGUGUUUGUGUAUACUUUGUCAUUUAGCCCUUUGACUAAAUAUGUUGUUUAUUGACUGUAUUUUGGGAAACACUUUGAAGUUCACUAUUGGUCUUUCCUCUUGGGGCCAAGUAAUGAUAUAAUUAUGGGAAAGCAGGAAAAGCAUGGAGGGAUGGGAGUAACUUUAACCAGUGGAAUUGUUGUUAUUCUCUACUCUUAUAUGUGAAUCUGCCAUGACUUAACGUUGUAUAAGACGGCUACAUCUACUGUAGCUGAGUUAAAGAGAGGGGGAGGAUGCAGAGAGAGAGAGACAUUAAUAAGGGUCCCGCAUCUGUGGGAUUUCUGUGGGGAGAGGUAAUGCCUGUGAUCUCAUCAUUUUCUAAAGAUGCUGCUGAGAAAAGCCAGACCAGGCAGAGAACCAGAGAAAGGAGGAGCCUGUGCCUCCUCUGCGUCAUGUCUUAGUGUCAGUAACAGAUUUAUUUUCCACUGGGGAGUCACUGCUGUGUGUGUAUAUAUACAGUAUGUGUGUACUGAACUGCACUUAAAACAGAAAAAGACAGUUGACAGAAGGAGAACUUCUCACAGGAGGUCGUCAUCCAUUUGACCAUCAUGUCUCAACCUGGUCAGGAAGAGGACGAACAAAUACAGCGUCCUGAGGUCAGCGAAGAGGAUUUGACUGAAGCAAAAAACAAACUGGGGACCAGUGGACCUGCAAAGAGCAAGACAAUGGAAGUAAUGGAGGAGUGUGAGAAAAUGGGCAAAGUUGCUCCAUCUGUGUUCAGUGGUGUGAGGUCCGGAGGUGAAACCGUCUUCAACGCUCGCUCUGCUCGACCAGCGAGGAAGUAACGGCAGGGAGCAUCCAGAUGUGACAACACCUGUUCUGUGUUAGUCUGCAGCUGCACUGAAGUCCUGAAGCAUUGUGUACUCAUGAACAUUUUCCUAAACGGCAAAAAGUUUCAUCAGCAUGCAAAUCAGAUUUGAAAGUAGACAAUACUGUCAUCUGUAGUAUACAAAUACUGUGUAAUGAUUAGGCUAAAUCUGUGAGCAAAACCAAAACAGUUAAAAACAUUAAAAAGCAUGAGUCAUG